GUGCCGGGGAUGGCGAAGGAGAAUAUUUCGAUUGACGUCUCAAAGGACUGUCUCGUCGUUAAGGGCGAGGCGGGCUACAAGGAUGUCGAAGAGAAAGGGUUCAUUCAUCGUGAGAGGCGUACGGGGCGUUUCGAACGUACUUUGCCGCUUUUGACUAGUACUCAGUUCAUGCAACCAUCUGAUGUCAAAGCAUCGUUGAAGAACGGCCUGUUGACGUUCAUGUUCCCCGAGACUUCCCCCGAGCAACUCCCGCAGAGAGUUAUUAUC